UGCAGCCUGUUUGUUUGACAGGUCGCGAAAUGAAAAGUCCAAACAUACGCGUUUCAGUUUUCCGCUAAAAAUGGAUCAAGAUCUCGACUUUUUUGUGCUGGACCCCCGUUGCCGCCUGUGCCGGUCACCGGAUGCGACCGGCGGCAGGACGUUCGUGAACGAGAAGGACCACCAGCAGCGCCGGCUCGUGUCGGAAAUGAUCAGCAGCUGCACGGCGGUCAAGAUCUACGACCACGACCGUUUGCCCCAGCACGUUUGCGGCCCGUGUAUGGAGAAACUCCGCGAGGCUUACGCGCUGUGGCAGCGGUGUCUGGCGGGCCAAAAGAGCGAUUUUCGGUGCCAGGCGGGGAAGGAGGAUGAAUUCUUGCGGUGUCGGAUCUGUCACGCAGAAGAGUGCGAUGAGCUGUUUUCGCUCGAUUGUCCCGGAAUGGGCGAGGAAGUGCCGAUUGGCGACAUGCUGCAAGAUUUUGCGAAUGUGAUGGUUGUUCCCGGGGACGGACUGGCUGCGUACGUUUGCGACGGUUGUCUGGAGCUGCUGGAGAGGGCGAGGGUGUUCAAGCGGGAGUGUCUGCAGGCGGAAGUUGCGUUUUUGAACGAUACCGUUCACGCUUGGGAGAAAAUGGAGUUUCAGGAAGGUCAGCCUUCGCAUCUGGUGGUGGAGUUGUUUGCGAAACCAAUCUUUGAAUCGCCCAAGCUGGUUCGAUGUUCGGUUUGUAGCUUGAAACGCACCAUUCGUCAGAUUGCGACGCACUGCGAGGGAUGUAAGCUAGAUUUUGAUGGCCUGGAGCCAAGCAGUGAGUGUGAAACAGAUGAGAAGGUUGAACUGCUGGUGGUCGUGGACUCGGGCAACGAUGAAGAGAGCGAGGUUCAGGCGAAACGGCCGCGGAUGGCAGACAAGAAGCAAUCACCGGUCAAACGGGUUGUGCCACAGUCUUCAGCUAAGACCAUGCAAAGGAAUCAAGAGGAUCCAAACGCGGUGCAUGCCCGAAGCAUUUCCCGAAAUUUGACAAAGUUAAACCAGAAGAUCGAGGAACACUUCCAGAUUGUUUCGAGUCCGCCGGGUGCCACCUACCAGACCAUGCGCCUCAAAUCGUUCCUAUGCUGUGGCUGUAACCGGUUUCUGAUUAACCAAGAAGCUUUCCGUAAGCACUUGCGUGAAUUUCACCCCAAACCAACGAUCCGAUCGGAAUUCGUCUGCGGCAUUUGCAACUCCGCGUUCGGGUCGAAGAAGCUCUUACUGGCGCACAGGGACAAACUGGGCGGUCGGUUGUACAACUACUGUAAAAUCUGUGACAUCGUUCUGCUGGAGGAGCGCAGCUUCGUGCGGCAUCAAAUGAUGAACCACUUGACCGAUCGGCAGUUGAAGGAAAUCGAGCAGCAAUUCAUCAGGAACGUUACGAGCAAGUGCCGAUCCGUUGAGUCGGUGCCGGAUGGCGACGCAACGUGUGACGAUUGUGGAAAGAGCUUCGCCACGGAGGAAGACCUGUCCGGUCAUCGGUACGAGAGCUUCCAGUUCACCUGUCAGCAAAAGGGCUGCAGUUACGUGACCAAGAACAGAGAGUUUAUGAUUGUGCACUGUGUCAUCGGUGACCACAGCAAGCAAAAGUCCGAAUCAACGACGAGCAUCGUCGAAGAGCCUCCAAAAGAACUCGACGAAGAAACUUUCAUGGUGGAACUGGAAGAUGGCGUCGAGGACGCAGACUCUGACUGGGAGCCCGACCUCAUCUACGACACGGAAUGGAUUCGUCCGGAUAGCGUCAAACGCCAGGUAAAGCUUCAAUUCCCCAGCAAAAAUCCGUCAAAGCCACAGCUGGAUGAGGAUGCGAUCGCAAUCUCGUCGUGUCGCGCCAACUUGGAGAAAAGGUCCCUGAAGAUGGAGGACGUGUUCGAACUACUCGAGACCAAUCCGAGCGGCAUUCAUCAGUACGUCCGACGGAAGACGCCCUUCUGCUGUGGCUGUAAUCGGUUCGUCCUCUCCAACGAAGCAUUCCUGAAGCACCUGGAAACGUUCCACCCCAAAAAGCCAACGGAUUCCAAAUUCGUUUGCCACAUCUGCCACACGUCGUUCACGGUGAAGAAGAACUUCAAAGCCCACAUAGACAAAAAGGACUGCCACGUGUACAACUACUGCAUACCGUGCGAUAAAAUCGUGCUGGACGAAAAGACCUACGUCAAGCAUCAGCUCAGCGUGCACCUGACGAACCGGCAAAAGGCGGAACUCGAGAAGCAAAUCGCACCGGUAACCGUAAAACGGUGCACCUACCACUCGCGCAUCUCCUUCUCCGGACUCAUGGGGAAGCGCACGAACUUCCGGUGCAACUUCUGUCGGCGUUACUUCGCGUCGCAGGCCACCCUGGACGGGCACAUGCAGGACGUCGUCGAGUACGCGUGUCUGGCCGAGGGUUGCGAGAUCCAGUCGCGCCACCGCCAGAGCAUGAUCGUGCACUGCAGCCUGGGAGAUCACCGCAAGCAGCCGAAGGGCGAGACGAAGCAGUUGAACUUCCGGCAGAGGUCGAUGCUGUUCGACGAGGCGCUGCCGGUGGCGGCCGAACGGGUCGAGGACCUGUCUCAAGUGGCCAUUCCCAUGAAGCAGCUGCGCAUAUUUUUGAAGGGAAAUUCGCUGCAAAUGGAAGACAUAUUCGGGAUCGAGAAGGACAUCGACAACAAGUACGUGCACUGCAUUAAGCUGCUGCGCAAAAAGCCGUUGUGCUGCGCCUGUAACUUGAUGUUCAUGAGCGAACAGGCGCUGUCCAGCCACAUGCAGAGCGAACACACGGAGCGUCCCGAGCCCGGUGUUGACCCGGAGCUGGUUUGCAAGCUUUGCUACACGGUGUUCGGGAAGCGAGCGUUGCUCAAGUUUCACACUGACCGGCUGCAGACGAAGAGCAGUCAGUUCACCUACUGCAAGCUGUGCGAUGCGAUUGUGCUUGCGAAGAGCUUCACCCGCCACAACUUUAAGCGGCAUUUGACGGAUGAGAAGAUGAGCGAACUCGAGGGCCAAUUCACUGCGGUGUCGUCGUACGGCUGUCGAGAUGCCGAUUCCCUGACGGAAAUCGACGAAGGUAGAUACAAGUGCGCGUGCAAGUGCGGGAAAAAGUUCGAGUCGAUUCUUUCCGCCAGAGCUCACCAGGCCGGAAGUCAGGACGUGAUGCUGUACUGUAAAGUCGAGGGCUGCCGGUUCCAGACCAGCAAGAAGAUGGAAAUAUUUGAACACCUUAUGGAGGAAGCUCACGAGGUGCCAGCGGACCCCAAAGAUCAAGAGGCAGAUGAUGAGAUUUGCUUCUUGGAACGGGAUAUGGUUUACUUUAAGUGCUGUUUUUCGAGGUGCUUCAGGAAGUUUGCAGCUGAAGAUAGUUUGCUCGCACACUUUGCGACACAUCCUCCUGCACCGGUGGAUCUGGAGCCCAAUAUAUGCCACAUCUGUAGAGAGACUUUUUCAAGCGAUGACGAUUUUCAGGCUCACAUGGAUCGAAGCUAUACCGUCAAAAUGUUCCGAUGCGUCAAUAAACCUUGCAAGUAUCAGUCCGAGUUUUUGCCUAACGUCCAGUUGCACUACAAGUCGUGCAAAGGUCUCGUCCUGCGAAAAGCAUGGAAAUGUCCAAAGGACAAAAUUCCGGAACAUUUAGUGAAAGCUGGCCAACUGGACGAGAUGAUAGAUAUUAUCGAAGGCAAAGGACCGUUCUGCUGCGGUUGCCGUCAGGUUCUGGGAAGUGAAGCUGAACUCCAGGAGCAUCUGCAACGGGAGCACGCGACCCGUGAUCCGUCUCGUCCCUUGCACUGUCCCACGUGCAACAAAGGCUUCAAGCUAAAGAGCUUCCUGGAGAACCACAUGAGGGAGUCUGCUGAGCGUAGAUAUUACCACUGCCGUAUUUGCAAAACCCUGCUGUUGAACGAGCUGCAGGUGAAGCAUCACAAAACGUACAUCCACGCCUUCGAAGACCCGUCCGAGCUCACGGAGUUCUACGACACGAUCACGUCGGAUUUGCUGCCCUGCUGCGGCUGCGAUGCAAAGUUCGCGACACAGGAUGAGCUGGCGCUGCACUGCUCACUCGCCCAUCCGGCGCCCAGUAUCGUAAAUCGGCUGCUGUGUCCCAACUGCCACCUGCAGCAGUCAAGUUUGAAGUCGAUGACCAGCCACUGCGCCAAGUACGGCAGUAAGACGUACUACAAGUGCAAGAUUGGUGACUGCAGACUGCAAACAAAGAUUUUGUCCAUAAUUCAACGGCACGUGUCGGCGGCGUCGCACGAGGACCAGGGGGGAAGUUACCGAAAAUAUCUGGAGCACCAGCAAACGUUCUACUGCUGCGUGGUGAAUUGUACGUUUUCCAGCGAGUUGUACGAUUUGCUCAUCGAUCACGGUAUCGCCGAACACGCGAAGGAACGCGAGCAUCUCAGCGCCAAGCGCAGGGAUCGACCACUCACGUGUCCCGUGUGCUGCAAAGGUUUCAACGAGGAGAAACAAAUGAUCAACCACCGAAACGGCGCGAUUCUCGUGGCCUGUGAAAUUUGCAAAAACAAGACGCCAGCACCGGACUUUGCUGCCCACCUGGAAGAGUGCAGGCGAACCUACUCGAAGGCGUGCCCACAUUGUCCAGAAGUGUUCGCGACCUAUGGCGAAUUCGUGAAACAUAACAACCAACUCCACGGACACACAAGACCUAAGAAGAAAGUAGUUUGCAGCAUUUGCGGAAUGCUGGUGGUUGAAAAUAUACUGGCAGAUCACAUAGCAUCGCACGAGAACAAGCGUGCCUGGAAGUGCAACCAGUGCUCGUUAGCGUUCAACACCAAAACUAAUCUGAGCCUGCACGAGCGUCGCGUCCACACCACCGAGCGGAAGUACCGGUGCACGGUUGUGGGCUGCGACAAAACGUACCGCUACGACAUUGACCGCGUGCGGCACGAAAAUGUGGUACAUUUCAACCUGAAGCCGUUCGCGUGCGCCGAAUGUCCGGAAGCGUUCGUGCGAAAUCGUGACCUGCAGCUGCACAUGCGGCUGCACACCGGCCGGAAGCUGUACACCUGCCAGAGGUGCCGGGCCGAGUACGACCGGAAGAGCGAAUUUGUGGCGCACCAGGAGCGGUGCGGGGAAGCAAGGUACGACGAGGACGUUUCGGCGUACGAGGAGUACAUUGAGGAGGAGAUUGUUUGAGGUGAAGGUGUUUGGAAAGGAAUAAAUUUUGGGGAUUUAGUUGAGUA